GGGCUUACAACUUAUGCUUUUUUAAUUUCUUGAUAGUUUUCCUUAUAAAGCAUAUUUCACCCGUUUUUGUAUUGACUACCUUGCUUAGCGAUGUCUGGGGAAUGCAUUUACGAUCUCGUUGCUGAUAACUUUGAGUCGGCAGCACAGCCUGAAAUCACAUUGAAAGGAAGAAAGCCCGUAUCACGAAAAGUUCCCCCUCCAACCGCUACGACAUUUGGCUUGCAUGGCACCAGCGCUGUCCUGGGAAACGUUGGGGGCGAGUUUACCGACCCCUCUGUCCAUCCAAGUAAAAAGCCCAUUGGUUCUUUUGGGCGAAGUGUCGCCGAUACUGUCAACCCAUCCAAUUUUAUGAAAAAAAAUAAGGGUCCAUUCACUGCUAGCCGUGGCGCACCAACCGUUAAUGAAACAAAUUUUAAAAAGAGUGCCUAUUCACAUGAAAAGGUGAAGCCGGAUAUUACUUGUCGAUAUGAGCAUCCCGUCAUGGGGAUGAAGACUGAUAAAAAUUUUGUCUUGGCCAAUGCUGUUGAGGUUACAAUGGCUAUUCCAUCUAAGCAAAUUCCUAUUCCACCUCCUAAUUCAACGGAUCGAAGUGAUUUUGGAAAAGUUCCAUCCUAUUUGAAGGAAAUUAAAGAAGAAAUCCAGAAUAGACGGCAAUUAGUUCAAACUCUUGCUAUGGAAACUAAGGCAGCAAAUGAGAAGUGGUCAGAACUUUCUUACGACGAGUUAGCUGAGCUACGUAACGGCUUGCAACAGCGCUGGGAUUCUACUAACAAAGAGUACCAAACUAGUGGAUUUAAUAUUUCGCAAACAGUCUCAAAAAAAGCACACCAAGAAGCGUUAGAAAAACAGUUGAGCACUCUAGAGUUUAUGAUGCAAAAACUGAGUCGUUGUCAUGUUUUUAUUUAUGAUGAUCAGAAAUGAGAGGAUUAUCUGCCUAGUCGUGACGAAGAUUCAAAGCGAAAAUAGUAUAACCAUGUAUUAAAGGGAAUAUUGUGUUCAGGCACCUUUCUUUAUCCCUCUUUUGUUUAAAUGUAAAAUGUUGUAUUUAA